AAAAUGGACCGAGGCCCAAAACCUUACCCGGCCCACUAGCAUCUAUGGUGCUGGUAAAGCUAUAUGGACUGACAAGGAAAUCCAAGCCGUUAAUUCAGUUAGAGGUGCGUCUUUCUCUCACUUCUUUCUAUCAUCUCUCACCAAACCUCAACCAGACAAAAUAUACACUUACAGCAAGAAUUUUGCCAUUAGAUUCUCGCAGCCCUCUUGAUUGUUUCUCCAUUAAUGAGAUAUGGCCUUAUGCAGUCCACAGCUACAGAAGUUUCUGGUGAACAAAAUCUGCGGCAACUAUGGCUGCAACCAGACUUCCAAGAGAAGCAGCAUCAUAGUAAAGGGCGGAGAGGGAAGAAGACUCUGCUCCGCCAUAGCAAUAGACUCGCCGGCUUCAAUUGCAAACGUGUCGGGAAUCAGAUGGGGCUCCGUUCAGCUCAAGGGAGCACGCGAAGAGAUGGAGGAUGAUGCCGUCAUUAUUCAGUCUGAUGAGCUUGAUGGAUUCUCCUAUGCUGCAGUUUUUGAUGGCCAUGCUGGAUUCUCUUCUGUUCAAUUCCUCAGGGAAGAAUUAUACAGAGAAUGUUAUGCUGCAUUACAAGGCAAGAAGAAACUGUUGAGUGGGAAGGAUUUCAAAGCGAUCAAGAAGGCGUUAGAAGACGCUUUUGAAAGUGCAGACGCCAAACUCUUGAAAUGGCUUGAGAAGAGCGGGGAAGAAGACGAGUCUGGUGCAACGGCCACUGUUGUCUUCCUUCGCGAUGAUAGGCUGUUUGUUUCUCAUGUUGGUGACUCAUGCUUGGCUCUUUCAAGAUCAGGAAAAGCAGAAGUCUUGACUCAUUCUCAUCGGCCCUAUGGGAACAAGCCAGUUUCUCUGCAAGAAAUCAGGCGAAUCAGAGAGGCUGGUGGUUGGAUUGUCGAUGGAAGGAUUUGUGGAGACAUCUCUGUGUCCCGCGCCUUUGGUGACAUACGGUUUAAGACCAAGAAAAACGAGAUGCUGAAGAAGGGAGUCGAGGAAGGGCGAUGGACUGAAAAAUUUGCUUCACGCAUACAAUUUACUGGAGACUUAGUUACCGCGUCUCCUGAUGUUUUCGAAACAGCUCUUGGACCGGAUGCUGAGUUUGUAGUAUUGGCGUCUGACGGCCUGUGGGAUUACAUGAGCAGCUCGGAUGUGAUAAAUUUCAUCAGAGAUCAGCUCCGCAAACAUGGAGAUGUUCAGAUGGCUUCUGAAGCUCUUGCACAAGUGGCUCUGGACCGACGUUCACAAGAUAACAUCAGCAUUAUCAUUGCUGAUCUGAGGCGAACAGACUGGCAAAAUCUACCGGUGCAGAAGCAGAACGUUGCGUUGGAAUUGGCCCAAGCUGUAGCUACCAUCACUUUAGUUUCUCUUGGUAUAUGGAUGUCAACUUUGAUCUCGUGAUCAACACGACAUCUGUACAUAGAUAGAUGGUAUCACAAGUGAAAUAUAAUAACUGCUGGUUCAAGCUUCAUUUAUCACUCCAAUAUUUUACAUUGUUUAGCAUCUUAA